AUGAGCUGCCACGUAUGUAAUCGUGGGCCAAACACCCGACUCCAGCUUCUCUGCCCGACAUGUUCCCGUAAUCACCUCUAUCCUCUUCGGUUCGACCAUGCCAAGGUCCUAUUGGAAAAGGAGGCCCUUGGAAAAGAAAUCGAAGCUGCUGUUGCGGUUAAAGAUACAGGUAAUAUUGGAUUUGCGGAGAAUGAACAACCAGAUGGUUCCGAAUCCCAACAACACUCGUCUCUUUGGGUCCUCCAGGCAGCCAAGAGUCGCUCUUCGCAGUCGGCUGCGAGGACGUCGACGAUUCUCAACCGUAUCAGAGCACUGAGGGAGGAAAUAAGGGAAGGUAAAGAAAAAAUUGCACACCGCAAGGCACUCCUCAAACUACGGCGGUCCGAUGUGGGAUCCGCAACUUAUCAAGUCGAUAAUCGACGAGCAUCGAUGCUUUCUACUGUGCAAAAUAAUAUCAAGAAAACAGAACAUCUGUGGAACAGCCUGCAUGAUAAAACAGCACAGUCUAGGGUUUUUCUUUGUCGUGAAGUUGCCAACCUCUAUCGCUUGCGCCAGAGAUCCAGACGCAAGAAUGGUGAGCUUGUGACUGUCUACACUAUUGGAGGUGUCAAUAUUUUCGACCUCAGAGAUCUAAAUGGCGCAAAUCAUACACAUAUUACCACUUCCCUUACCUACAUCUCCCAUCUUCUAUGCCUUGUUUCGCAUUACCUCUCCCUGCGGUUACCUGCAGAGAUAACCCUACCUCAUCGGAAUUACCCUCUACCUACCAUAUUUUCACCGUCAUCCUCGUAUUCGUCCAGAAAGGCAACAUUUCCCGGCACAUCGCCUUACCAGUCAACCUCGACAAGUCCGACAGCUUCUCGAACCGCCGAUGUCAGGCCACUUCCACGUCCACGACCACUUUUUAUCAACAAAUCUUUGCCAAAGCUUGCACAAGAAGAUCCCGCUACAUAUGGGUUAUUUAUCGAGGGUGUUGCUCUGCUAGCCUGGGAUAUAUCAUGGGUGUGUCGUACUCAAGGCUUAGACAUUGGUUUCGAUUCUUGGGAGAAUAUCUGCGACGUGGGUCACAAUUUAUGGAUGCUACUCGUUGCACAGCCUUCCCAGAUGUCAGCCAUUACGAGAGUGCUGUCAACCCGAGACAACCAAGCAAAACUCCAAGACACUAAUAAAGAUGCUCCUAAAAACAACCUCCAGCGAACCAGAUCAUCCCCGAUGUUUGGCCACUAUUCUCACGGAACAGCGCACUCGUUCCUUGGAAGUGCGGAAGGGACAGAGUUUAUGAAAAAAUGGAAACUGCUUUCAUCAACCAAGCUUGCCGAUAAACUAAAAUCCACUCUUUUAGGGGAAAUGGCGAGUGCGGAGUGGGAGUUGCUCGACCGAACAGAAUGGGAGGAUGAAGAGUCUCAAAAACAGGUUCGCAAGGAAGAAGAAGAACCUGUUACUGUGACUUCAAAAUUCUACUCAAGUGCUUCGGACGUGAGCUUCAUCACUGCCAAAUCUCUUUAUGACGAUAGUCACGCAGAUGAGGAAACGGUCGACAAUCACCGGCCAAAGGGGACUCGUGGGUGGACCAAGUUGAAAAAUCGAUGA